AUGAGCAUUAUGGGCAGUAUAUAAAAGGUAUCCAGAAUCAGAAUUUAGAAAUUGAUUAAAUUAAGAAUGAUUCCACAAAGGGUGAUUUUAAAAAUUAAAGUUUAUUUAUUUGUUUAACGAUUCAUUAUUUAUUAAUCUUUAUAUUUAAUGGGCUCCCACUUCUCAGAACCUCUUGCCACGCCACUUCGGAGCCUUUCCAUUUGCUUUCCCAGAGAGAGAGAGAGAGAGAGAGAUUUGAAUCGAGUGGUAUUCCAACGUUGAAAGCAUUCACCAGAACACUCUCACACACAAACAAAGGUUUCUCCUAAAGUCUUCUCUCUUCUCUUCUCUCUGUCUUUAUAUUGGCCUUCUUCAUGUGACAAUUUGGGAGCUUCAAGGUUUCUGGGACAAUUUUCUUCGCAACAAUUAAGGAAAACGAAGCACGCCCUUUGACUGGAGAAGUUGAUUAAAUGGCUAAAGUUUGUUGGCCAUAUUUUGAUCCCGAGUAUGAGAACUUCAGCAAUAGAAUGAACCCACCAAGGGUCUCUGUGGACAAUACCAGUUGUCAUGACUGUACACUGAUCAAGGUUGAUAGUGUUAACAAACCAGGAAUUCUGCUGGAAGUGGUGCAAAUCUUGACGGACCUUGACUUCAUAAUUACAAAAGCUUACAUAUCUUCUGAUGGUGGUUGGUUUAUGGAUGUAUUUCAUGUCACGGAUCAGCAAGGAAGAAAGAUAACGGACAGCAAAACCAUCGACUUCAUUGAAAAGGCUCUAGGACCAAAGAGCCAGAGCACAGAAGGGGUGAAAUUUUGGCCAAGCAAAAGGGUCGGAGUGCAUUCUGUCGGUGAUCAUACAGCCAUUGAACUGAUAGGCAGAGACCGCCCUGGUCUCUUGUCUGAGAUUUCAGCUGUUCUUGCCAACCUCCAUUUUAAUGUUUUUGCUGCAGAAGUGUGGACUCAUAACAGGCGAAUUGCUUGCGUUCUUUAUGUCAAUGACGCUACAAACCGAGCUGUGGACGAGCCAAACAGAUUAUCUUUAAUGGAGGAGCAGCUGAACAACAUCUUACGUGGAUGUGAUGGUGAGAAAGUUGCUAGGACUAGUUUCUCCAUGGGUUUCACCCACAUGGAUCGGCGGCUGCACCAAAUGUUGUUUGCUGAUCGGGAUUAUGAAAGUUAUAGAGUAGCACGAGACGUUAAUUGUCCUCUCUCUUUCAGGCCUAAAAUCACAAUAGAACGUUGUGAGGAGAAAGGGUACUCAGUUGUCACAGUCAAGUGCAAGGAUCGGGCAAAACUCAUGUUUGACAUUGUUUGCACUCUUACUGAUAUGCAAUAUGUUGUUUUCCAUGCCACAGUUUCAUCAGAUGGCCCUUAUGCAUCCCAGGAGUAUUUUAUUCGACAUAUGGAUGGAUGCACACUUGACACUGAAGGAGAGAAAGAAAGGGUCAUCCAAUGCAUUGAAGCUGGUAUUCGAAGAAGAGUAAGCGAGCUACCUACUGGUAUUGCUGCACUGGGUGUGAGCCUUGAGCUGUGUGCAAAGGAUAGAGUUGGGUUGCUGUCUGAAGUAACAAGGAUUCUACGAGAGAAUGGGUUGACAGUGUGUAGGGCAGGUGUAUCAACGAGGGGGGAGCAAGCAUUGAAUGUGUUCUACGUAAGGGAUGCAUCAGGGAACCCAGUGGACAUGAAAACAAUGGAAGCACUUGGCAAAGAAAUAGGUAAGACAAUGAUGGUUGAUGUGAAGAAAGUGCCAACCAAUGCUAAACUACCAGAGACUCGACGAUGGGCUAAAACCAGUUUCUUCUUUGGUAACUUGUUGGAAAGGUUCUUGACCUGAUAAACAAUCUUCAUUUAUUCUCAAUGCUUUCUAAAAGACACAUCACCACACCAUGUACACAAGAAUAAGGUUGUUUGUGUCUCAAACGUUGCCUGUGUUAUUAAUAUCACAAUUCAGAACAAUGCAUUAUGUAUGUUAUUCCACCUUCCACA